UCGUUUUAUGGUUAGUUGAACAAAUCUAGGCCUCAAAAAAAUCUUCAAAAUUCGACUGUCUUCUUCUCUCACAGCCAAAAUCGAGAAGAUUCUUAAAUCUCGUUUCUGCGGCGUAGGUGAGUCGUAGCGAUAAGUUUUGCUUAUUUCUUUCCCCCAUGGAUUUUUGACGAAGAAGAAAAGAGAGGAACCGAGUUUUUCUUCGACCGGAUUGAAAUUUGGUCUCUCUUCAACAACAACAAAAUGAUCAAGCUUUGCUUCAUGACUUCUCAUGGCUAUCAAAUCCCUGGACUUGGUCUUCCUCAAGAGCUCAGUAACACCGAAAUCAUCAAGAAUAGCCGGUCUUAUCUGGUGAAUCCUGCAACGAGGCAGGAGAUCAUACCUGCGAGCUCGUUUAAUCUGAAUCCACAAAACUUGGAACCAUGGAAACCGGUUGGUUCAUUCAGCAAACCUAACCAAUUCGUGGAGAUUGACUCAGCCAUGAUGAAACCUCUGCUCAUGGAUGUUCAUGAGAAGGCACCAGAAUCUCUGGUUUUGAGCUUUGGAAUCGCUGAGAAGUAUGCAAGACAAGAGAAAGUGAUGGAGUUUCUUCUGUCUCGGUCGGAGGAGUUCAAGGAAAGAGGAUUCGAUAUGUCUCUGUUAUCUGAAUUGAUGGAGCUAGAGGCUAUGAAAUCAAGUUCUCAGCUGCUACCGUAUGGUGCUUCCUCUGUUCUGUACUUAAAUCAAGAAUUAGGAAAACCGGUUUUGGAUCUCGUUAGAGAUAUGGUGGAUAAUCCAGAGUUCUCUGUGCAAUCGAAUGGCCACGUUCUGUUUUCCUCAAGUAGCAAUCAUGAGCUGAAUGAUAUACUUUCUAUUGCUUCUGAGUUCAAUUUGUCAAGGAAUUCAACAAUAAGGAGACAGCUCUCACCGCUUGUGCCGCAGUUUCAGUGGUUUGAAACUGAAGUAUUAGAACCGGCUGAGCUGAAAGCAGUCACAGUGCUAGCACCUUUGAAGAGUCCUGAGAAAACCAGGCUCAAGCCUUCACCAAGGAAACAAAACACGAAGCGAAAAGCUAAAGAGAGUGACCUCUACAAAAGAAACCAUCUCCACGCUUACGAGAGUCUUCUGUCUUUGAUGAUAGGCAAUGAUCCUCAACACAAACAAGCAACAAUACUCUCUUUACAGAGAUCAUGCGGAGAGCUUUCAGAGCUCCUUACUCAGUUUUCUAUCAGCGCCGCUGGAACUGGAAUCGCUGUGCUCUUCUCUGUGGUCUGUAGCCUUGCUUCAAGACGUGUACCCUUUUGCGCAAACAAGUUCUUCGACACAGGACUUGGUUUGAGUUUGGUAAUACUGUCUUGGGCUGUGAAUAGACUCAGGGAGGUGAUUGUUCAAGUCAAUAAGAAAGCAAACAAGCCUUGUUCAAAUUUGAAGAACCAAGAAAUCAUAAACAAUGUGGAGAGAAGCAUCAAGGAGGUUUACUUCAGAGCUGCCACGGUAAUCGCGGUGUUUGCGCUUAGGUUUGCAUGUUGAGAAACUCGCGGUGAAAGGUUAAAAUCUUUGAUUUACUACUCCAUGGAAAGCUUGGAAAUGUCGUUUGUAAAUGACUAAAAGUUGUUCAGUACUAAGUUUGUAAAUGUGAGGAUGAUGAUAAGCGUUUGUGUUGUAGUACCUGAGGUCAACAGUUUUGAUGAAGAGUUUUGAUGAUCCAGUAACCAUAAGCUGUUGCU